AUGUUUUGUCGCUUGAUGAAUCGGUUAGCAAUAACGAGGUUUAUAUUCCCAGUUACGAGAUCAUUCGCUGUGAUCGAGAACAUGAUAGUAGGCCUGGUGAGGGCAUUUAUUUCUAUGUUUGCUCUACUAUAAAUUGUUCUUUGCACCCUGACCUAAGUAUCCAAUCCCUGGAAAACCUAUGUAUUGAAAUUCACAAACCUAGAUCCAAGCCUUUUCUCAUUGUGACCUGGUAUAGACCUACGAGUUCAUCAACAGAAAUUUUCUCGCAUCUUGAAACUUUGAUCGGUAAACUUGAUUCUGAAAAUGCUGAAUUUUAUUUAAUGGGUGAUUUCAACUGA